GAGAAAUGAAAAUUUUAAUUUUUUUUUUUUCAAAAUCUAAAUAUUCGAACCCGAUCCGAAAUAACCGAAUCCGAACUAAAAAUACUCGAACCCGACUCGAAGUACAGAAAUAUCCAAAUGGGUUCUGCACUUCUAUACCGAAAUACCCGAUCCGAACCCGAAAAUGUAACCGAACGCCCACCCCUAGUAGUAAUUAUAAGCAAUGACAUUUAAAAUUUUCUUAUAGCAUAAAUACUAAUUGUAAGAUUCAAAAUAUAGUAAAUAGUGUAAUUUGUAUUUCCUGAAAAUGAAUAGAUACAUUUGACAGAUCAUUGUGCACUGUAACAUAUAAAAUGAUUCCCAAAUAUCAUAAUUUUCAUCCUAAUAUGUACUAUAUAGGAUAACUAUUGUAAGCUUGAACUGGUAAUUAAUAUACAAAUUCUAUAUAUGUUAGAAUCUUUAAAGAUAAUUUACUUAAAAUGACUUUACAUAUUAUAUCAUGAAGGUAACACAUCCUUAUAAAUAUAAGAUCUAUUCUACUUUAUAAUAUCAUGUUUUGUAGCUUAUAUGUUAAAACGAAACUUGGAAAAUGGCGAGAAGCAGAAAAGGUCGUCGAAAGAUACAGAUCGUAAAAAUGGAGAAAGAUAGUGACCUUCAAGUUACGUAUUCAAAAAGAAGACAAGGUCUUUUUAAAAAAGCUAGCGAGCUUUGCACCUUAUGUGGUGUAGAAAUUGGAAUACUUGUGUUUUCACCUGGUCGGAAAGUAUUUUCCUUUGGUAAUCCAGAUGUUAGAUAUGUAUUUAACCGUUUCAAAAUUUAUCACCAGAAUCCUUUUCAGCUUACUGAAUUUGGUCCAAGCGCAACUAUCCGAGAUCUUAACAGCAUACUCAGUCAGGAGCUGGUAAAGCUUGAAAAGGAGAAAGCAAGGAGGAAAAUUUUGGAGAAGAUUAGAAUUCAGAGAGAAGAAACAGAUAAAUGGUGGGAGAAACCUCCCAGUGAACUUAACUUGCGUCAAAACGCUUGUCUAAUAAGUGUUUUGGAAAAUCUGAGGAUGAAUUUGGGAAGUCCACGCUUCCAACAAGCAAUGGUUCCUCAGAAUUACUGUGGUGGAAGUAAUAACAACAUUGUUGGUGGCGGUAAUACCGAUCCUCUCGACGAAAGAAGCAUGUUCGAUGUGAAUGCGUUCAACUACAAUCCCAACAUGAUGAUUCCUAAUCAAGGACCAAUGUUAGGAUAUAACAACAUUAAGUUUGAGGUGUUUGAUCCGAUAUACAAUAUGAAUUGGCCUGAAUAUAAGCACGGUCCCUACUAGGACCAAGAUCGGAGGGACGAAGGAAGAGGCAAGAAGAAACCUCAUAGCAUCAAUCAACAUAAUCCCAAUCAUGGUUUUCAUCGCAUUCAUCAUGUUUAAACUUAGCUUUUUGCUUGUGUUGUCUGUUUUAAUAAUUAUCUAUCCAUAAGAGAUU